UCAGCCAUCAAACAGCUUCAUUGUGUACCUGUUCAACUUCUACAACAAUUUCCUCCUCUCAGAAAUCCAUUUUCACACAUCAUAGUCAACAUGGGCGUCGUUGAGAAAGGCAACAAGAUCUUCGUCUCCGCCAGUGAGAUCGACAAGAACAAGGUCACUGUUGAGUGGCAGCAGAACUUCAAGCAACGUUCGCAGGAGUAUUACACUGUUCCCUUCAUCAAUAAGAGCCAGGACCAGGAGAGCGUCCUCUUCAUCCAGACCAACUACCUCGACGCCUUCAAGAAGAAGCAGGCUGCAGGCGAAACUGAGUUCACUGUAGUCGUUGACACUUCCUUCCAGUACGGCCAGAAUGAUGAGAAAACAUCACGCUGGAUUGUCUAUCAUGACAAGAGUAUGAACGCCUUCCAGUGGCGAUUCGUUGCGAGUGUCAAGUCCAAGCUGGGCAAUCAGCUGGGCUCGUUCGGUGGUGGCAUCUUCAAGAGCUUCGUUGGUGUCGACAUUGGGAACUUGGCUGCGCUCAUCGGCCACCCCCUCCGAGACUUCUAAGAUUCUCCGGACAGAGCGUCAAGCUAGCUACUUUUUGUUUCGCACUAUUUCAUUACUUUCGGAUCAUAUCCAUGUCUGUCACUCUGUCAGAUGAUGGCUGAGUUCCACAACGCUCUUUUGAUAAGGCACUCUAAUUCUUCACAUUCGAAACACUCCUUUAUAUCCCGGGACUUUAAGAUUUUAAUUAUCAGAAGUAGAAGAAUGAUAAAUUCAAUACAUUCUUCCCAAAUAUUAG